AUGUUGGUCUUAGUAUUCGCAAUGGCUUGUGGUGUUUAUAUCUGUUCUGUCUGCUUGAAGCAAACUAGUGCUCGGACUAGUACUAUGCUUGUAAACCUCAAAGUUAGUCAGAAGAGGCAUUGUCAAGAUGAUAACAACAUGAAUGCAUCUCACACUCCCUACUUACACUAUCCCAAGCCGACUUCAUUCAGCAGGGGUGAAUGUGCCUGUAAUCCGGUGCGGCUUUUUGCCAUUUUGUCGAUGCAAAGAUCGGGAAGCGGGUGGUUUGAGACCCUUUUGAACAACCACACUAAUGUGAGCUCAAAUGGCGAGAUAUUUUCUCACAAGGAGAGGCGGAGCAACUUUUCGACAAUUAAGUCAACUAUGGAUAGAGUUUACAACUUGGAUUGGUUCAGUAGUGCCUCAAAGAAUGAUUGCUCUGCUGCAGUUGGCUUCAAAUGGAUGCUUAAUCAGGGUUUAAUGGAACACCACAAGGAAAUCCGGGACUAUUUUAACACCAAGGGCGUAUCCAUAAUUUUUCUUUUCCGCAGAAAUUUGCUCCGCCGGAUGGUCUCUGUGCUUGCCAAUUCUCAUGAUCGUUAUGCUAAGCUCCUCAACGGAACCCACAAGUCACAUGUACACUCGAAUGAAGAGGCUGAUACUCUCUCAAGUUAUAAACCGACAAUCAAUUCAACAUCGUUGUUGAUGGAUUUAAAGCUCAUGGAGAAGAUGGUUUUCGAGGCUUUGCAGAAUUUUAGCAAAACGAGGAACAUUGUCCUUUAUUAUGAAGACCUCGUCAAAAAUAGAACCAGAUUGAUGGAUGCUCUAGAUUUUCUAGAUUUACCGAAAAUGGAGCUAAGUAGUGGGCAGGUGAAGAUACACAAAGGAGCAUUGUUUGAGCACAUACAGAAUUGGGAAGAUGUAGUCAAGAUUCUAAAAGGAACGUCAUACGAGAGCUUCCUUCACACUGAUUAA